UUUUUGGCUACAACUUCUCUUCAAUCCCUGCCAGAAAGAAAGAAAGAAAGAAAAACAAAAAAAAAACACUCAAACAUUGAAAAGAAGAAGAAGAAAGAAGAGAACAAACAAAACAAAAACCAAAGUUUUUUCGUUGCUAUUUAAAAAGAAAACUGACGGAGUUUAAGAGAAUCGCCUAAGCCAAAAAAACAAACAAACAAAAACAAAACAAAAAAACUCUCGUUUUCCAACAGUUUGUGCGAGUUUUUUUGGUUUUUUUUGGUUUUUUUUCAGUUUGUUUCGACUGGAACACACAAGUUUUUGAGUUUUUGACGUCCUCAACUUGGUGGCUGUGAGCAGAAGCCAACAUUGAAUUUCUGCUACACCUGAACGUUUGUGCCCAAGUUCCAGUUUUUGACCCACCUUUUUUUUUUUUUUUUCCUUCGUUAUUUCGAAACAACAUUUUUUUUUGGAAACAAAAUUAUCCGACGUCCGUUUCGAAAAAAAUUUCGGAAAAACGAAAAAAAAAAAAGUGUUUCAUUUUUUUCCUUCUUCUUCUCGUUGCCAAGUGAUUUGUUUUUGUUUCAUUUUUCUGUGCGUGUUCUGAGGCGAAAAAAAAAAAAAAUUAGUUCGAACGGAUUUGUGUUUUGUGUGAAAGUUGAUACAAACCGUCGGCUAUCGUUGCGUUUUGAUUUCGUGUGGUUGUGCGUAAUAUCCAGUUUUUUUUUUGAAACCAACAACAACAAAACAACAAAAACUGAAAAAAAAAAAAAAAAAAAAAUUUCAUCAGAAAGUUCCGUGUCGACAACUUCAUCCGCCAAGUGACCCGCACUUCUCUUUUUCUUUUUUUUUUUUCCUUCCUUCCUCCUCUUCAUCUUCUCUCUCUCUUUUAAGAUAAAAACAAGAUAAAUACAAAGAGGGGGUGGGGGCCGGCCGUGGACAAAAAAAAAAACAAAACAUGCUAGACGACGGAAUAUGACCAAGGAUCAUAACCGACCAUGCGACGCCUGUCGGCCGGCGGAGUGCCUUUGCUACUCAUGUGCUACUUCUUGAGCGCGGCGUUGUGCUCCUCGUCGACCACCUCAUCAUCUUCUAGUUCUACCAGCAAUUGGAAAUCGAAUCGUCCAGCCACGUCAAUGACCGGUGAUAUCGGCGAGCGGGCGGAAGCGCUAGAAGGUAGCCUUUUAAAUAUGUUUGGACUUAAACGGAGACCGCGACCGGGCGCCGAGAAGCGGCAGAAGAUCGUCGUGCCGGAUUUUCUAGUUGAACUGUACAGACAACAGACCGGACUCGAGGUGGAUACCACCAACUUGAACCUGGCCGGCAAAUUGACCCAGACGGCCAACACAGUGCGCACAUUUUCCCAUCAAGAUUCAGAUUCAGAUUCAGAUGACGAAGCAACGACGGACAAUGCCGUCCUCUUGCGAUUCGACUUGACCAGCUUACCGGCCGAAGAGGACAUCAAGGCCGGCGAACUGCGACUCUACCGCUCGGCGGACGGCCUGCUGUCGUGGGAGGCCGAGCAGAGCCACCGGAUGAGAUCGGACCAUCCAUGGCGGGACAACCGGACGUCUGCGGCCGCAGACGGUCAAGAGCCGACGACGUUAGGGCGAGACAAGCGCAAGGAGGACAAGUGGCGGCGGAAGCAGCAGGUGCUGAUUCACGAGGUGGUGAGGCCGGCGCGCAACGGCGCCGAGCCCAUCCAUCGGCUGCUCGACAGCCGCAUGGUGGACGUGCGCGACGAAGGCUGGAUGACGUUCGACGUGCUGCCGGCUCUGCUCCGCUGGCGGCAGCAGCCCAAGCGCAACCACGGCCUCUGGCUGGAGAUGAAGCGGGUCAACGACGAGGCGCUGUCCGACAUUGAGCACUUCCACCUGCGCAAGCGCAGCAGGACGAGGAGGAGGAGGAGGCGAUCGGCCGCUGCCCCGCAAGGCCAGCAGCAGGAGAAAGACAAGGAGACGGAGGAGGACGACGAUCAGCUGGAUCUCCGGUGGGCUAGUCAGCAGCCGCUCUUGGUGACGUACUCUGACGACGGUAAAUCCCGAGUGCGGAGUAAACGAGCCGCCGAGAAGAAACACAAGCGGAAGGGCCGUCGGGACAAUUGCCGCCGCCAGUCGCUCUACGUCGACUUUAGCGACGUCGGAUGGAACGACUGGAUCGUCGCGCCGCCCGGUUACCACGCCUACUACUGCCAUGGCGACUGCCCGUUCCCUCUGCCCGACCACCUCAACACCACCAAUCACGCUAUCGUGCAGACGCUGGUGCAUUCGGUCAAUCCAGGCGCAGUGCCGCGCGCCUGCUGCGUACCGACCGAGCUCUCCUCCAUCUCCAUGCUCUACAUCGACGAAUACGACAAAGUCGUCCUCAAAAACUACCACGACAUGGUCGUCGAAGCUUGCGGCUGUCGUUGAAAGAAAAUCAAACAAACAAACAAACUCGCCGUCCGGAUGCCGAUUCGAAAACGGAAGAAAUCACGCGCCCCACCUUGUGCUCUACAAUUAUUUCACGAGUGCGGGAAAAAAAAGGGGUUUGUUUUUAUUUUUGUUGGCCUCAAUCGGAUGAGCUAAUUAUCCGAAGCAUCAAGAGGAAAACAUCAAUUUAAAGAAAACAAAACGAUACACCGUGAAAAAGAACGAAGAAACAUAUUUUUAACAAAAAAAAAAAAAAAAAAAAAAAAAAAAAGAAAAAAAAAAAAAGAAAAAAAAAAAGAAAACCGGAAGGAAAUGAAAUCUUCCGGUUUUUAUUAUCGCUCCGUCCCUCCCCCGCGUUCCGCCAACACUUAGUCAUCGUCGUGAUUUUUUUUAUCCUCACUCCUUCGCUAUUUUAAUUCCCCCCCCCCCCCUUUUUUUUUUUUUUUUUUUUUUUUUUUUUAAAGCAAUCACACACACACGUAUGGAAGAUAGGAAAAAAAAAAAAAUUAAUAAUGGAUGCAAAUUCGGAAGUGAAAAUGCGGCGAACACACACACACACACACACACACACACCAGUGUAUAAUUCCUUUUUGCUGGAUCUUGUUUUUCAAAAGACAAAUCUGUGCACCGAGACUUCCGCUCGAAGAAAACAAACAACAACAAAAAAAAAAAAACAAUGCCAAUUUCCGGAAGAAUCCCCUUUAUUUUUAUUUUCUUCCGGCUUGUGCGUUGUGUGCUUAAAAACGAACAAAAAAAAAAAAAAAAAAUUCAAAAAUUCCAACAACCUUCCCCUUCCCCCUUUUUUUAAAAAAUCCUCCCGACAAUUUACUUACCUACCUACUACUUCCAUUAUAUUUAUAUAUACAUAUAUUCUACCCCCCCCUCUCAAACCCCCUCUCCUCCCCCCCCUUUAUUUUCCCUUUUGUGCGUGUGCGUUCGUGUUUCAAUUUCUUUGUUUGUUUUUCAAAAAUAAGUGCGGUUACCCCAUUUAAAAAAUUGUCGAAACAUUGUGUGUGUGUGUGUGGGUGUGUAAUUUGUUUUUUUUUUUUUUUUUAGUAUAUUUUUGUUUGUUUAUUUUUUUCUCGCACCGCUAUCCGGAUGCGGAACAAAAGGAGGAUGUAAACAUAACAAAACAAAACAAAAAAAUAAUAAUAAGAAGGGAGGGAACUUGCGCGCUUAUUAUUACGGGAACGGCCAUUGGCCGUGUCAUCGUUUUUCUUUAUUUCAUUAUGUUUUGUGUGUCUUGAUUAUGUUCAAUAUGCGCGCGGCGUGUGUGUGUGUGUGUGUGUGUGUGUUUUUCUUCCCCGUGCGUUCGGCUUGUAUUUAAAAAGAAACCUGUAUCGCAAGUGUAUAUGUGUUUUUUAUGUGUGUGUGUGUGUGUGUGUGCUGUUGUUGUUGCUGUUUGAAACGACAAGCCCCUCAUAAGAGUUGAAGAGCAAACAAAACCCAGCGAUUAGACGAUGACCGAAGGGGGGGGGGGGGAAUGAAAAUGAUGCGGUUCAAAUCACGGAAUUUUUGUUGUGUGUGUGUGUGUGUGCGUGUGUUUUAUGUCUGCCCUGAUGAUGAUGAUGCCUCUAAAUAUUGUAGAUGAUGCAAACACUGCAUUUUGUACAAAAGACUAUUCCACUACUGCUGAUAUACUACAAACUACAAACAGA